UCACAAACCGGAAGAAGACUUACUCCGCCAAGAGCUCGUGAUGCAUCUUACGUCACACCAAAGGAGCUGAAUUUGAGUGUUGCUUUUGAUGGUUAAAGGCGUGUGAUGGAGUUAUUGAAAGUUGCGGUACACUUAUAAUGGCAUACAUUGGGAAAUUCACAGAUAGAAGCCCCUCUAUAAGAGCGGCUGGGAUUAGUGUGCCACUGGAUGACAUAAAAGAAUGUUUCAAAUUUGUAUCUCUUGGGGAACAACUCAAAGCAGUUGGUGUUAAGGAGGAACAUGAAAAGAGGACCUAUCCAAUGCCAAAAUCAGAUGGGAAGCGGUAUGCUGGAUUAUAUACUGAUGUACGUGCAAUGAUACAGCCUCCACUUAAGUCAGCAUUUCAGGAACUGAAAGAGGAGCUAGAGGAAAUAGCGCAUGCCAAAGGUCAUAGUGCUCCUACAAGUCACUACCUGCUGCCAAGUAGAGAUAUAUAUGAAAAGACUUAUGGAAUCAGUACAAAAUCAGAUGUUACUGCUGGUGAAACUAUAAACCCUCCAAAGUCACCUGGCCAAGUUAUGUUUGAAAAUUCCUUAGGUCAUGAGUUGUAUGUUAAGACCCACAUGUCUUAUGCUCCGGGUGAACAAGUGAAUCGAAAUUACACAAGUCCAAAUUUCAAGCAUGAUAAAAAAUUUGGUAUGCCAACACCAUGGGAUGAGACUGGCAUUUGGGUUGCAAAGGUUAUAAAAUGGAUAAAUAAUGAAGAGAUGUGUGUAGUAACACGAAGGCAAGCUGAGUAUGUUGCACAAACACAGCCCCAGUUAGGAAAAGUACUUCAGCCAAAUCAUGUGCUUGAAACAUGUGUGCCACGAGGCCAUAUAUUUGGCAAAACAGAAGACCGCAUUCUUACUUUGGGUGAUGUAAUGCGGCAGACAGAGCCAAGCCUUGAAAAACAGGAACAAAUGGAUUACUUUGGCUACAUCAAUAAAAUCCGAUUUGUAUUAAAACACCGAGACCCAGAAUUUCCUUUUCAAGAUUUUUAUGAGAAACUGAAAAAUUGUGAUACACAAUUUAAAAAUGUUAUUCCAUUAGAAGAAUUGUAUCAUGCAUGCAAUCAGUAUAGAGUUCCUGUAAAUCAACGUUUACUUGAAGGACUUCUGGCACUGACUAGCAUUUUAAGUGAAAAGAAGCAUGUGUAUUACAGAAAAUUUUUUGAGCUCAUUAAUACAAAUUUUGCCCUUCCAGAAGUGCCCAAGAUAUGUGAUAUUCCACUGGAACAACAGUUAUAUGAAACCACAUAUGCUAGUGCAGCUGCUGACUUGAAAAGAAUUCACACUGCAGGGCAAGAGCCUGAAAAGUGUGAGACAGACCUUGGAGAUCAAUGUAGUGGAUCAACUGUCAGAUCUCUCAUCUCUCCAUCAAUAUACAUACUGCAUGGUUUAAACUGUGGAGAUAUGCUGAAGCCAAGAUGCAAGCAAGAAAUUUAUGAAAUGUUCCAGAAAACCGGAACAGCACUGGAUGAGGAAAAAUUUGAUGUAUUAUGGACAGAAGCAUGCAAAAUAGAUAAAAAUGAGAAAGUGUGUGUAGAAACAUUCAAAAAUGUACUUAACUCCAAAACUACAAAGAAUUCAUAGA